ACCGCGAACAACGGCCUUACGCCACAACUAGACGCUAAGGCGUGCUUUUCGCACAAAUGGAGGGCAUUCUUAUCGAGGAAGAUGACUCUCGUAGCGAUUCCGAGGCGCCAAGAACGCCAAAAACAUUGUGCUGCGGCGCCUGCACGGAGGACUCCGAGGAAGAGCUCGGCUGCGUCGCCGGACCGCUGCUGCUGAGUGUCCUCAUCGUCGUGUGCGGCACGGCCUCGACGAUCACGAGCAAGCUCCAGUACGAGGUGCGAAGUCGGGGCUUCGAACAUUGCCACUACGACGACCGCAUCACGAGGAGGUGCCCCUUCACGAAGCCGUACUUCCAGACCCUGGUCAUGAAGGUCGCGAUGUCGACGUGCUUGUUGAUAGCCUGGGUCGCGCGAAGAUGCCGACGGAAACCGACGGGCGAGCUUGCCGAGGCGCUGCUCGCCAACGAAGCACCUCGUCAAACGCCGGACCGGUCGGCCAUUCUCGCCGUCGCGGCGCCGGCGUUCACCGAUUUAUUGCAAACGGCCCUUGCCCAGGCGGGUCUACUUUUUGUCUCAUCCUCGACGUACCAGAUGACGCGCGGCAGCGUCGUGGUCUUUACCUGUAUCCUAAGCGUGCGCUGGCUCAAGCAAAAGCUGCGGCCGCACCACUACGUCGCCGUCGCCGUCGUCUGCGCCGCCGUGGCGCUGGUGGGCGUCGCGGGCCGCUUCGGCGAAAAGGGGCACACGUCCCUGGGCUCCUACGUCCUGGGCCUCGGCCUCAUCGUCGUCGGCCAGGCGGUCGGCGCCCUUCAGUUCUGCCUCGAAGAACAUCUCAUGGUGGAACGGGGCCUGUCGCCCGUCGUCCUCGUCGGCUGGGAGGGCCUCUGGGGCGUCCUCUACUUCGUCGCUCUGGCUCCAGUCCUGUCGCUGACGCCGGACUCGGACGUCGCGGCGGCGGCGCUCUGGCAUGAGGACUUCGCCGAGACGUUUGACCAAUUGGCCCAUUCGGGCGAUCUGAUCGCCCUCACGCUCGCGUCGGCGCUCGCCCUGCUGCUCUACAAUCUAGUCGGAAAUAUGGUGACGAAGCAGCUGUCCGCGGUCAUGCGGAGCAUCCUGGAGAGCUGCCGCACGCUGGGCGUCUGGCUCACGUCGCUCGUUUUGUACUACGCGUUCCACGAUGCCAGCGCGGGCGAACGCUGGACGGGCUGGUCGUUCCUGGAAUUGCUCGGCUUUGCCCUAUUGGUCUACGGAACGCUCGCCUACAAGGAGCUCGUGCCCGUGCCGCUCCCGCGGCCCGCGUCGCCGCUACCCAUCGACCGGCAGCGGAGCCAUACGAUUUGAUGGCGUGACCGUGCUGGCACCCCCACGCCACCGGGCAGGCGUCG